UAAAAGAAUAACAAAAUCUGAGAGACCUAGAUUUCUGUCCUCUGUUCACUUCUCAUUGGCUGAAUCAUGGAAGAGGAAAGAAAAAUGUUUUAUGUGGGUUUCACUUUCUCUCUCUUCACUCACUGGCAUCACCACCACCACCUCCUCCUCCACUCCCUGCAGCACUAAUAGAGGGAGAGACAGAGACAGAUUUUAGAGAGAGACUUGGCUUUUCUUCUUGUUCUGAGUUUCCAGUCUGAUAUUCUUUAUUUAUUUUUUUUUCAAUUAUUGUUUCACUCAUUUUGUUGUUGUUAUCUUCUUCAGCUGGGUGGUUCAGAUUCACAAGUGGGGAACUGGGUUUUUGUCAACAGACUUGAUGGUUAUUUGUGUUCAUGAGGAAAAAGUUGUGGUAACUUUGUUAUUCUGUACUUAGCCCAAAAAACAACUCUGUAUUCUGAGUCCCUGUCUUCCUCUGUUUCCUCUGCUUCUAAGACUUUUUUAAUUGCUGUGUAUUCUCAGUCCAAGUAGAAAAAAAUUGGGUCUAGUAUUUAGCGUUAGAUCCACAUGAAUCAGCUGAAACUUCUCCAUAAUUUUCUUUUUUGGGAACUACUUUAUCUUAGAAAGAAAGCAAAGACAAACUCUGUUCUUGUUGGCGGUUUCCGAGAGCUUUUCUGAUUUCCUAAGCCUUUGAGUUUGAUUUCAUCAAAAGGCUUAAAAGGAAAUAUUCUAAAAGCAAUCUUCGUUCUUCAACACUUAAAGCUUUUAUGGAAGAUAAUUGAAGAAAAGCAGAGAAAAGGAAAUGGAGUCAGAUCUUCAACGACAUCAUCAUAAUUUCAACGACCAUCAAGCCCAACAUCAGCAAAACCAGAUGAACUCCGGCUUGACGCGGUACCGGUCGGCCCCAAGUUCGUACUUUUCAACAAUCCUUGACAGAGAAUUCAGCGAACAAUUCUUCAGCCGGCCUUCGAGCCCCGAAACAGAACAAAUCUUCGCUCGGUUUAUGUCCGGUGGCGGCAGCGGCGGUGCUGGUGGUGGUGGAGGCACAGACGAUGCAUCAGAAGUGGGUACUAAAGAGGGUAAUAUCCAGCAAACGCAGUUUAUGCAAUCAAUAAAUGACGAAGCAGCAAGGGUGGUUCUUCAGCAGCAGAGCAACUAUGGCUCUACUUCUCAGAGUUUUUACCAAAGCCCAUCGAGACUACCUUUGCCGAAUCAGGGCUUGAAUUCAAUGGGGAUGGAUCCAUUGACGCAGAUGAAGACCGGCGGAGGUGGUAAUAGUUCCAGCCUUAUUCGGCAUAGUAGCUCGCCCGCCGGAUUGUUCUCCCACAUCAAUGUUGAAAACAGCUAUGCUGCAAUGAGAGGCAUGGGAAAUUUUGGAGCCGGUAAGAGCACCAAGGAAGAAGCAUCUUUUUCUUCUGCAAGCAGGAUGAAGAAUUACUCAGCAGGACCUCCUUCUUCAGCAGGGGUAAUGAGUCCAAUAGCGGAAAUCGAGGACAAAAACAUGGCAGCAAACCAUCCAGACACUGGAGGAUUUGGUGAAGGCCGUGAUGACAACUAUGUCACAGGUUUCCCAAUCGGUUCUUGGGAUGACACUGCAAUGAUUUCAGACAAUAUCGCUGGUCUUAAAACCCUUGUAGAUGAUGAUGAUGAAAAGCCAUUUUCCAACAUAAACGUGUCCGAAACUCAGAAUAUGGACUCUGGAACUCGCCCUCCUACUGUUUUGUCUCAUCACAUGAGUUUGCCAAAAACUGCAGCAGAGAUGGCUGCCAUUGAAAAGUUUUUGCAGCUCCAAGAUUCUGUACCUUGUAAGAUUCGAGCUAAGCGGGGCUGUGCCACUCACCCACGAAGCAUUGCCGAGAGGGUUAGAAGAACCCGAAUCAGUGAAAGGAUGAGGAAGCUACAAGAUCUUGUGCCCAACAUGGACAAGCAAACAAACACAUCAGACAUGCUAGAUUUAGCGGUUGAGUACAUUAAAGACCUUCAAAAACAUGUCCAGACACUUUCCGAUAGCCGUGCAAGGUGUAUGUGUUCAAACAAGCAGCAGCAAUAACACAAAAGGCCUGUCUGUCCGUGUGUCUGACUUGCUUUUGUACACAACAAACCAUGAGAAUGUGUAAAGAAGAUAGAAAGUUAAGCUUAGCUGGGUUCUCCGGUUCUGUUUUGCACUGAAAAAGUAGCAUUGUAGUUAACUAUGAGAUUGUGUGGGUGUAAAGGGUAAAAAGGCUGCUGAUAGUUAACUGUAAAAGAUCCAAACCUAUUGAUGCCAUUAUAGAGAGCAAAUCUGUACAGUUAA